GUCGGCUCCCCGCCUUCCUUUGCACAUUAUAGCGGGGAGACUUUGACUACGGUCCUCUCCAUGGCCGUUCCUACAAAGUUGGGAACAACUGGGGAGGGGAACGUGGUUCUGAGUAUGUGCAGAGUACUCCUUUAAUUCGUCGCUGAGCAAUAGCCCACCAGAUUCCGCUUGGAUGGGGAAAAACAAGCUUAGUGUCUGGUUUUCUUUUCGAUGUUUUCUCCCUAGCCUCUCUGUCGUCUCGGAAGUAGAUAGCCAGCACUUCCGUUUGCGUGCUGCAUUAAACAAAAUUGUAUCUCUGAGUAUAAUACAGUAUGCAGAAGGAAAGUGAAGAUGGCAUAGAAGGAGAUGCUGUUCUCUCUGACUAUGAAAGUGCUGAGGAUUCUGAGGCUGAGGAAGGAGAAUACAGUGAAGAAGAAACUAGUAAAAUGGACUUAAAGCGGGACAGAAAUGACACUGAAUUGAGAACAAAAGCAGACAAAGCGGAUGAGAAACCAGAAUCAAAAGGCACAGUUGCAGGUGAAAGGCAGAGUGGGGAUGGGCAGGAGAGCACUGAACAAGUUGAAAACAAAAUUGGUAAAAAACUUCCUAAGCACCUAGACGAUGAUGAAGACCGGAAGAACCCAGCAUAUAUACCUCGUAAAGGUCUUUUCUUUGAGCAUGACCUCCGUGGACAAACCCAGGAAGAGGAAGUCCGACCUAAGGGUCGCCAGCGCAAAUUGUGGAAAGAUGAAGGACGGUGGGAACAUGACAAAUUUCGAGAAGAUGAGCAAGCACCAAAAUCCAGACAAGAGCUAAUUGCUCUUUAUGGCUAUGAUAUCCGCUCUGCACACAACCCUGAUGAUAUCAAACCCAGGAGGGUGCGCAAACCAAGAUUUGGGAGUCCACCACAAAGAGAAUCCAAUUGGUCCAGUGAACGACCAAGUAAGCCACCACGACAUCAGAGUCUAGACAGCACUUCUGUGGCACCUCGGACAUUCAUUAAUCGAAACUCAACAGGAACAGGACGGAUGGCCAGUCCAAGGGCAUUGCCCAAACCUGGUGGCUAUAAAGAUACUCGCCCAAGUUAUCGAGCUGUGGAUGCAAGUAGUCAACAUGCACCUCGCUUCAAUGAACAGUCAAAGCCUGAGAGCAGUUACCGGUCCAGACGAUCAGAUCCAAUCCCAGCAAGAGAGCCGUCUCCCAAAUCUGAGAUACCACCUAUUCAAAACAGCCCUGUUAAAAAAGAAGAAGUUGUUUUGGAAAAUCAAACUCCACCUGCAGAUAUUCUACAGACACAGCCAGAUAGGCCUGUGGAAAAAAAAUCCUAUUCUCGAGCAAGAAGGAGUCGGAACAAAGUAGGUGAGACAGGAAAAUUGGCAGAUGAAGUUCCACCUCCAUCAGGGUUGAUGCCGGCACCAUUAAAAACUGCUGAUAUUAUACCAUCACCUUCUUCAGCAAAGACUGGUAAUUGGGAGGUACCUGUUGAGGCAAAUCUGGAUGGUCUUGAACAAGACAUGACUCAGUUGAAUAUGACAGAACAAAACUGGAAUCAAGGGCAACCCCAGUUUAUACCACCACAGGGUUUGCCUAAUCAGAUGCACAUUGGAGCAGCCCCACCCCCUCAGUUCAACAGGAUAGAAGAUAUGGGGGUUCAAGGUGGGCGUGCAAAGCGCUAUUCCUCACAGCGUCAGAGACCUGUCCCAGAACCUGCUCCACCAGUCCAUAUAAGCAUAAUGGAAGGACAUUACUAUGAUGCACUACAGUUCCAAGGUCCAAUUUAUACACAUGGUGAAAAUCCUACUUCACUUCCUCCUCAGGGGGUGAUUGUUCAACCAGAAAUGCAUCUUUCACAUCCAGGAUUGCAUCCACACCAGACACCUGCACCUCUAGCUAAUGCUGGCUUAUAUCCUCCUCCUGUCUCAAUGCCUCCUGGGCAGCAGCCUCCUCCACCACCACCACCACAACAGCUGUUAGCACCAACCUACUUUCCCCCUCCUGGAGUAAUGAAUUUUGGCAAUCCCAGUUACCCCUACCCUCCAGGAGCACUUCCACCUCCCCCACCUCCUCACCUGUAUCCUAACACUCAAGCUCAAUCUCAGGUGUAUGGGGGGGUCACCUACUACAACACAGUUCAGCAGCAAGUGCAGGCCAAACCUUCACCUCCCCGAAGAGCCUCCCAGCCAGUCACUAUCAAGCCACCCCCUCCUGAGACAGAUUUGCAGUUUCUUCUUGGGAAAAGUGUCGGAGUAGGUAAGAUAUCACCUCAAGAAAUAGUUAUUUCUCUGCAGAGAAGUGCAGUGGGCAAGGGGCUUCAUACUAUCAGCUCCAAAGCCAUAUUAAUGAAAGAGUUCUGCUCUUUUCCCCCCUCUCAUUUCUAUCUAGGAUGGCAGAAAUGAAAAAUCCAAAGAAAGAAGCAACAUUUAGAGAAUUCUGCAUCUUGCUGAUUUCAGUAGAGUUCCAGAGCUGACCCUGUGGAAGACAGAAGACAGCUCCUUUGUGGAAUCUCUCCUCUCUUUUCCCUUGGUAAUGAAUGAUGCACAGGGGUGCAGAUGCAUCUGCUAGGCCAGGCCAUAUCAGUAUUAUAUCUGAGGCAAGAUGUCUAUCAGAAGGGUAUCAGCAAAAUCAGAUAUUUUUGCAGUCCCCCCCCCCUUUUUUUUUCUGGUGUAAUAUUCUUUGGAAGAUAUAUAUGAUCAAUGACAGAGGAGCAGUUCUACUUUAUCCCUUUCUAAAUGUGAGAGUUUUUAAGUGUCAAGCUAAAUCUAUUCGGCACAUCCCUAUGUUUGUUUCUUAUUCAAUGUACCUGUCCCUGCUUUAUUUCUGUUCUGUUUAACUAGUUUGUUAGCUUGAGUUAUAUGAAUUUGUUUUGCUUGGCUAUGUUUUUUUCCCCAACAAUACAAUUUUAAAAUAAAAUACCAUUUUACAUGUGCAAGAUUAUGCAUUUGGGUAAUUAAUGCUCUAAGAUCGCCUUCAAAUUUAGACAUUUUAUGCUCAAAACUGUCUCUGGUGCAUUGUUAGACGGCAGAAAAGGUAUUUGUUCCUUGUAUAACACUAUGUUCUUUAGGAUUCUAAAUCACUAUUUCUCAGCCUUGGCAAUUAAGCUGUGUGGAUUUUAGCUUCCAGAAUUCCAGGCCAGUAAUCUAGGGGUAAUUCUCCUCACUGAAGUCCACAAAGUUUAAAGUUGUCAAGGUUUUCUAAAUGAUGCCUCACAGACAUCUUUUUCUUGCCUGCCCUUUGCAGCUUACAAUUUCCCUAUUCAGGCUGCAUGGCUUCCAUUAACCUCUUGUAAUCCUCAUAAACUUUGAAUGUACUUGAUUUGCUUACAGAACCAUAGUAGUAAAUGGCCACCUUAUAAUCAUUUGGGCAGGAGGAAAUUGAUUGGCAUUAAACUAACUUUUGGUGGGGUUUUCAGAAAAUAUCCUGGAUCUGUCUGCCUUUUUUUUUUUUUUUUUUUUUUUGGGGGGGGGGGGGAGCUUGCAUGUGUAAAUUCCUACUUGGAAUGUACCAGGACCUAUUUUUUAAAAAAAUAUAUUUUAAAAAGCAGUUUAGCUAACAUUUGGGGAAAAAACCUGUAUGAUGAAAAUAUAUUUGGUUUUUUUCCUGCCUUAAUGUUUAAAUGUAUUCUUUUAACAUCAGUCUUGAAUCUUAGACCUAACGACACUGUGAUAGUUAAUUCUUGUUAAUAAAUUUUUUUGUUCCUGUUUCCAA